CGAUGAAGAAGGACGGCUCCUACCGAACCCGGGACCAACUCACUUCCAAAUGGAGCCACAUCAACAAAAAAGUCCGAAAGUUUAUGGGAGUUUACGAGNGAAGGAUGCGAUGUGGGAUCGUAUCGAGGAAAAGUUCUUCACGGCGAUGAAGAAGGAUGGCUCCUACCGAACCCGGGACCAACUCACUUCCAAAUGGAGCCACAUCAACAAAAAAGUCCGAAAGUUUAUGGGAGUUUACGAGGGAUGCUCUCGGUCCCGGAGGAGCGGCACGAACGACACCGAUGUUCUCCGGCUUGCCACGACCCGGUAUCAAGACGACGGGAACCAAGGCAAGGUGCCCAUCGAUCUUUGGAGGAUUUUGAGUCGUUCCCCGAAGUGGCAACAACUCAACAAUCCCAACGGCGGAUCGUUCCGGAAAAGAUCCACCGUCGACGCCGAGGUUGAGGUCGACGAGACUAUCGGUUCUAGCGAUCAAAUCCCUCCCUUCAACGUUGCAGAUUCCGAUGACGAGGACCCCAUUCCACGGCCGAUCGGAAGAAAGAAGGCAAAAUCCAUUGCCUCGGGUUCGGGAGGGUCCGCCUCUGUUUCCGCUUCUCCCCGCGACGAAAUCGGCCGGACAAUGAUUGAACAACUUCGGGCGUUCAAUCUCCAAGAACAAGAGAGGUUGAAGCUAAAGGAGCAGGAGGCUGAGAUGAAAGUCAUGCAAACCGACCCCGGGACGUUGUCGGAGUUUGGACGAAUGAUCUAUGAGCAAAGAAUGAGAGACAUCAAGGAGAAAUAUAAUUUACCUUAGUUUUUUUAUUAAUGUAUCGUUUUUUAAAUUAUUGACACUUUUUUUAUUUAAUGAAUGUAUUUUUUAUUAUUCGUGUUUCAAUUUAAUUAAAUAAAAAAUUAAUUACAUUUUAUUAAUUUAAUUUUAGAAGAUGUAUAUUUAAAAAUGCAAAAAAUGAAGGUUUGAAACCCAU